AUUCGUUGCUUUGUACGUCGUGCGUGCACUGCAGCAGUCACAAAGUUGUUUUAUAAACGUGCGAAAAAUAAUAUUUUUGGUGGACUGAUAAAAAUACUUGGAUUGAAUAUAAAUAUUAACAAAAAUCUAGUGUUUAAGCGAAUGUCGACGCAUAUAAAAAUGUAUGGAAUAAGGUCAAUAUAUCCAAAAUGUCAUUACUCCGUGUAAAAUGUAAAAUCUUGAAUCUUUUAACAAAAUUUAAUAUUCGGUGCUGGAAAAAGCUACCUAAGUGCAAACAAACAGCGAGUGACAAUUUGCUGCGGAAAUCGCGUAUUGAGGGAUGAAUGUGGAAUUACGCGACUUCGAAUUCAGUGACUCAGAGACAGAACUGCUAAUCGAAUCAUCAAACAGUGGCCGCACGUCCAAUCGGGUAACGUACGGAGGUCGUCCCUUGCGUGGCCGGAGGAAGCAGCCUUUUAAAAUGGGGAAUUUCUUGAAGAAUUUAUGCUGCUGCUGGUGUUGGGCAUGGCGAAGAUGGUGUGCUUCCAAGGAACUGAAACCUCGGACGAUCAUGAUCGGAAAACCGUCGAUGGAAAAGUUCCCCCCGAACGAAAUCCGCAAUCAGAAGUACAACAUCUUCACCUUUCUCCCGCUGGUACUAUUCGAACAGUUUCGGUUCUUCCUUAACCUGUACUUCCUGAUCAUGGCCGUCAGUCAGUUUAUUCCGGACAUUAGGAUCGGCUAUCUGUACACCUACUGGGGACCGCUUGGUUUCGUACUGGCCGUCACAAUCUGCCGUGAAGCGGUGGAUGAUUUACGAAGGCAUAAACGGGAUCGGGAGGUCAAUUCACAAAAGUAUAAACGUUUCGUGAACUCGGAAAAACCGCCGGAGUUGGUAUCUUCUUCAAAGCUGAAGGUUGGCGACAUCAUCAUGGUGGAGAAAGAUGAACGUGUUCCUGCAGAUUUAAUACUGCUGCGCACCAGCGACAAAAGUGGAGCUGUAUUUGUAAGAACUGAUAUGUUGGACGGUGAAACGGAUUGGAAACUUCGCUUGGCUGUACCGGCUACACAAAAAUUGGCAUCGCACAGUGACCUGUUCAAUAUUGGCGCUUCGCUAUACGUGGAGAAACCACAACGAGAUAUCCAUACAUUCAUUGGGACGUUUUCGAAGUUGGAAGGUUCCGAAGACGAAGGCCUCAGCGUGGAAAGUACGCUAUGGGCGAACACAGUAGUCGCUUCAGGGACGGCGGUUGGGAUCGUUAUUUACACGGGCGCGGAAACACGAAGUGUUAUGAACAAUUCUCAGCCUCGUUCGAAAGUAGGUCUACUGGAUUUGGAGAUAAAUGGCCUCACAAAAGUACUAUUUUGUGCCGUCAUCGGACUUUCUUUUGCAAUGAUGUGUCUGAAAGGUUUCAAUGGGCCCUGGUACCGCUAUAUGUUCCGAUUUGUGCUACUGUUCUCCUACAUUAUCCCGAUCAGUCUGAGAGUCAAUCUGGAUAUGGGUAAAGCAUUUUACUCGUGGCAAAUUCAAAAUGACGAAGAGAUACAGGGAACUGUAGUUCGGUCAACAACAAUACCCGAAGAAUUAGGGCGGAUAUCUUACCUGUUAACGGAUAAAACCGGUACCUUAACUCAAAAUGAAAUGAUUUUUAAAAAGAUUCAUGUGGGAACAGCAGCUUAUGGAAGGGACACCUUUCCAAUGGUUUCCGCCGCCAUCCUAUCGGUAUACACCAGUAUCUCAACACAAGCUGAUGGAUCUCCUGCGAAACCGACCGAAUAUCAACCUCGACUAAGAAAGCCAGACGGAUGGCGUAUUUGGGAAUCGGUGAAAGCUUUGGCUUUGUGCCACAAUGUAACACCAGUGUAUGAUAAUGGAAAUGCAGGGAAUGGAAUCAAUGGUGGCCCGGAGCGUAGAAAUUCACCAUCCAGGUCGAUUUCGAUUGAGGCACAAGAAUCGGUGAAGUUGCUAGAAAAGACGUAUCAAGCGUCCAGUCCAGAUGAGAUUGCGCUCGUCAAAUGGACUGAAGCCGUUGGAAUGACCCUGAUCAACCGUGAUUUAAAUCAUAUGACCUUACAGAUUCGCGAAAGAGAUGCCCAGAGCGCCUCAAUGAACGAAAACGCAUCAAUCAAUACUGCGGUCACAAAUCUCUCAGGUAAUUCCAAAACUGAACUUAACUCACCCUCGAGCUCGGGCAGUGUUGCCUCACUCAGCUCUCUUGCCGGAGGUAUCAUGAAGUAUCAGAUCCUUCAAACAUUCCCUUUCACAAGCGAGAACAAGCGGAUGGGUAUCAUAGUAAAAGAGCUGAAUAGCGGCGAAAUUACCUUUUACCUAAAAGGAGCGGAUGUUGUGAUGUCUGCCAUUGUGCAGUACAACGAUUGGCUUGCAGAAGAGAGCGGUAACAUGGCCCGCGAAGGUCUCCGUACACUCGUGGUGGCGAAAAAAGUACUUACAGAGGAUCAGUACAGUGAUUUUGAGACGAGAUACAAUGCGGCAAAGGUCAGCGUUACCGAUAGGGUAACAAAGGUAGCGGCAGUAAUCGAAAGUCUAGAACGAGAGAUGGAGUUGCUUUGUCUGACGGGAGUGGAAGAUAGGUUACAGGAUCGUGUAAGACCAACGCUAGAACUGCUACGAAAUGCCGGCAUCAAAAUUUGGAUGCUUACGGGAGAUAAACUCGAAACGGCAACAUGUAUCGCCAAAAGUUCCCAUCUAGUGGGAAGAAACCAAAAUGUUCAUGUUCUGAAAAGUGUCCUAACUCGAACCGACGCUCACUUAGAGUUGAACCAGUUUCGACGAAAGCAAGACUGUGCUUUGGUUGUAUCGGGCGAAAGCCUGGAGAUCUGUCUUCAGUAUUACCAACCAGAGUUUAUGGAGCUGGCGACCGCUUGUCCAGCGGUAGUAUGCUGUCGGUGUAGUCCCACACAAAAGGCACAAGUCGUGUCUCUGAUUCAAAAAUAUUCUGGCAAACGUACUUGCGCCGUCGGAGACGGAGGAAACGAUGUUAGCAUGAUCCAACAAGCGGAUGCCGGUAUUGGUAUUGAAGGUCGUGAAGGCAAGCAAGCAUCCCUAGCGGGAGAUUUUAGUAUUCCGCAAUUUUCGCACAUUGCCAAACUGUUGAUCGUGCACGGUCGACGUUCGUAUAAGCGAUCGGCCGCCUUGUCGCAGUUUGUCAUCCAUCGGGGUUUGAUCAUAUCAACCAUGCAGGCCGUUUUUUCGGCUGUAUUCUAUCUCUCCUCCGUGGCCUUAUAUCAAGGAUUUCUGAUGGUGGGCUAUGCGACGGUAUAUACGAUGUUCCCGGUGUUUUCGCUAGUGCUGGAUCAGGACAUUAGUUCGAACAUUGCGCUAACCUAUCCGGAACUAUACAAAGAACUCUCAAAGGGCCGGAGUUUAAGCUACAAAACCUUUUUCAUGUGGGUUUUGAUCAGUGUCUACCAAGGUGGUGUAAUAAUGUAUGGAGCGUUAAUCCUGUUCGAGGAUGAGUUCAUUCACAUAGUUGCAAUCAGCUUUUCGGCGUUGAUAUUAACUGAGCUAAUCAUGGUAGCACUGACUAUUAGAACGUGGCACAAACUCAUGGUGCUCGCAGAACUGUUUAGUUUAGUGCUGUACAUAAUCUCGCUAGCUCUACUUCACGAAUAUUUCGACUGGGAAUUCAUCUGGUCGUGGGAGUUCCUGUGGAAAGUCCUAGUGAUUACGCUCGUCUCCUGUCUGCCACUAUACAUUCUAAAGUUCUUGCGGAAGAAAUUUUCUCCCCCGUCGUACUCAAAGUUGUCCUAGGUUUACCAAAGUAGUAAUUGAUGGACACUGGUUGUUACGCUAUUCCGACGACAAAAAUUCUUCAACUCCGCUCCUUACGUCGAUGAAUGUGUUUUCUCAUAGUGUUACUCAUAAUUAAUUUAUUAAAUCGUUGCUCGAUCUGUAAAACUGAUUGCUGGAUACACAAGUCUCGUUUCUAUAGUUUUCUCAAAUUCAAUUUUGAAUGAAAAAUAACAUCACUCAGCUCGUAUUCCAAAAUUAUUAAAAUAUACUUUAUUUAAUCCAGAUACAAUAUAUUUUCAUGUUUAACGACGCGCUAUGAGUCAAUCUUUAAUUAGUGUUAUAUAACCAAAAUUGAAUAUACAAUGGAUGUGUCUUGUGAUUUGCGCUGUAAGUGAUAUAUUUUAGCUCUUUAUGUAGGUGCGUUCUGUUAAAAAUUAGUCUGUAUUUUUGGUUUUACAAGAUUCAUUAUUUUCAUUUAAAAUUUCAAUCCAGCUUAGUUAAGUGCGAAUCCAGUGAAUCUUCAAAAGUAAUGCUAUAUGUAAAAUGAAUCAAUUAUUUAUGUAUUUCGUAACAAGAUUGAAGCUGCUACGCAUCAACAGUAGGAUCAAAAUGGAGAUGUGGACUAUCAAGCUGGAAACGAAACGAAUGACUAAAAAGAGACUUUAAAUACUAUUAAUUGGAAAAUAUUUAAAAAAAAUCAGCGCAGUUUUACUAAGACAAUUUAUUAAAGCGUACUGUAAAAUA